AUGGCCUCUGGCGGUCCUAGCCCGACCCGCCGCGAUGGCGGGUCGCCCCUGCGGCCCGUCUCGUCAUUCCAACCCGCAUCGAGCCUGCCUCGCAACCUCAACGCUCCGAGCGGCUCGGGCACUUCAUCGGCCGCCACGACCAGCGCCCCAUCCGGCUCAGGUUCCGGCCAGGACCGCGGCGUGACGCAGCCGAAGCCGCGUCCGCUGAUCCGCGGGGCCGUGGGCGCCGGCAGCACGGUGCUGGUCAACAGCUGCCAGCGGGGCAACCCGGUGCUGCAGCACAUCCGCAACGUUGGAUGGGAGUACGGCGACAUUGUGCCCGACUACCAGGUGGGCGUGGCGAGCUGCGUCCUGUUUCUCAGCCUGCGCUACCACCGGCUGCACCCCGAGUACAUCCACACGCGCAUCCAGAAGCUGCAGCAGAUGUACACGCUGCGCGUGCUGCUCGUCAUGUGCGACGUCAACGACCACCAGACGGCGAUCCGCGAGCUGACCAAGGUGGCGCUCAUCAACAGCCUCACGAUGAUGGUGGCCUGGUCGGCCGAGGAGGCGGGACGCUACAUUGAGACGUACAAGUCGUUUGAGCACAAGCCGCCGGACGUGAUCAAGGAGCGCGUCAACGACGACUACAUGAGCCAGAUCGCCAGCGUGCUCACCAGCGUGCGCGGCGUCAACAAGACCGACGUCGUCACUCUCGUGUCGACGUUUGGAUCGCUCCGCCGCAUCUCGACGGCCACCGUCGAGGAACUCGCCAUGUGCCCCGGCUUUGGCGAGCUCAAGGCCAAACGCCUCCGCGACGUGUUUCACCAGCCGUUUCGCGUCGGCGAGACGAGGUCGCGCGUCGAACGCAGACGGACCGCCGCCGCCGGUGGCGGUGGUGAUGGCGGUGCGGCCGGGACGACGACGGGGGGUGGAGGAGACGGCGAGACGGACGCGCCGCUCCGUCCCGUCGAGGUGGCGACCUCGGACGUCCUCUUACCGAGCGAAGAGAGCGCACCCGCCGCUCCAACACCACCCGCGCCCUCCUCGGUGUCGGGAGCGGGCAGUGGGACCGCAGUGGCGCCGCCGGUGCGCGCCAUCGACGUCAUCGAGGACGAAUUCGAGGACCUGACAGAGGAGGAGCAGAUGCGGCUCGCCAUGGAGCUCAGCAUGGCCCCCGACCCCGAUGCCGACGUGUAG